AUGCUGGCCCUCCUAAGCCCAGCACCCGCCGCGGAAGGGCGUGUGAUAGUGCGACGCCAGGCAGAGGAUUCUCUGGUGCCUGGCGCUGAAAAUACUACGGCCAGUCUGGGGCCUGAAGCCGCGAAUGGGACCGCGUCACCACCGCGACCGAACGAUCGCUUCGAGCAGUUCCCCGUGAUGGGCGAAGCGGAAGAAGCGGAUGGACUACGGGAACGGCUGGGUAGCUCCGGAGACGAAGUGUCUUCCCUUGGUUCCGGAUCAUUCGCCAGUGCGGACCUGGAGACGGACGAACUGACAUCGUCCGCUGCGGAUACAGCCUCCGACGACGACGAUCAGGAGUCGAGCCGGGAUGAAGAAGACGCCAGCCUGUCAAUCAUGACGACGACGACGGGGCCGCUGCUGUCGGAUGAAACCCGCGAGGAGCUCAACUCCGGCUUCGGCUCCGGCUCCGGCUCCGUGGAUGAUGAGUCGGUCUCGGGCUCCAACUCUGGCUCCAACUCCGGCUCCCUGUCGGCCAGCCAGUUAUCGAACGAAUCGCUGACCUCGUCGGUCGGUAGCGCCGGUUCCGACAGCAAUCAGCAAUCGCAGUCCGACGACGACGACGACGAAGAGCGCCCGUCCCGCGAAGACUCGACGGAAGCCCCCAUCACGGCCGCCGCAAUUAGCGAAAUUACUACCUCGACCACCACCACCACGGAGCAGCCAGCAGCGAGCGCCAGCUCGACGGUCAGCACCACGGGAACAGCAACGGGAAAUGGCGGCCGAUCGGUGGAGUUGCCAACAACAUCUGGUGAAUCGAGUGGAGCACAGCUGGAGCGAUCGGCCGAUCGAACUGCCGAUGCACUGAUGCUGCCACGAAUGGACGACGGACUGACGGGAACCGUGACCGCCGGAACGGAACAGCCGGAUGGCGUGGUCGACGAGGAGCCAACGAGCGCACCGCAGCCGCAGCGGGCCAGAGUUGAUGAGGUCGAGGCGGCCACAACCAGCACGGUCAGCUCGGGCGAGAGUGAAGCCGUAGAGGUGGAAACCCUAAGCCCCGGCUCCGGAUCUCCGGAGACCGAUCUUCCGACGCCGGGUGUCGAGCGGUUCGAGCUCAGCAGAUACACCUCGCCCUCGAACUUCUCCGACGGCGGUGGAAUCGCGCUGAACGACAACGAACGCAGCUCGUCCGAUUUCGACGGCGAAGAUACGUCCGCCACCGGAAGUUCCGCGGCGGGUGAUGAAGACUCCGUCACGGAAGAGCCUACCGCAACGACUACCUCCGCCGGGGACGAAACCCUCGCACUCGAUGCAAUCCGCGCCAAUGAGUCCACCGAGCGGAACAGCUCCCGGACGGUCGAACGGGCGCAGCUCGAAUCGAGCAGCUACGAGAUCGUCUCGAACGAGGUGGCCCGCAAUGCGACGCAACCUCCGAUGGCACGCACCAAGAAGGGCAAGUUCCUCGAUCAGUUCAACGAGGAAACGACCGAGGACAAUGACAUCAACGUGCCGAAUGGGGCCGCCUGGGCGCUGGCCGGUAUGCGCAUGGUGGACCGGAAGGUGGCCGAUGCGCCUGGUCAGGAGGUCCCGGAGCGAAGCACGAGUGCUGAGGUGGCACGCGAUGCCGCCGAGAACGUGGUGGCCAACAACACACUGAAACAGCUGAUGGACUGGGCCAUCAUCAUGCAGCAGGCGGACUUUGCGAACAGCUCCUUCGUGCGGUCGACGGUCGCAUCGGACGAGGCCGGAUCGGAGAGUAAGGAUCGGCGAACGUACGCCAACAAGGUGCCGAACGUGGAAGGUGUGGCCGAUGUGUUGAGCGAGGAGAACCGGCUGACGGCGGUCGUGACUGAAACGGCGGCGGGCCCCGACACAGAAGGGGAGGAAUUGAACGGGAUCGACACCACGUUUGCACCGUCGACGGAGCGCCCAGUCAGGCAGGGAAUAUUCGACCUGGAUGCUCCCGUGUUUGGCUUUAAGGAGCGUGCCUCGAGCACCACGACGGUGGCGAAUGAGAUCGGAGGUAGCUCGGACGGUGGUCCGAUCCUGCCGACCACCACCCGACGUAGCUACGAGGUGAGCGAAAUGGUCGAUGAAAGUGAUAUGCCGCGGGUCCGGCUAACCCUCGAGUCCACGACCACGAUCAGCCAGCGGAUGGACACGAGCACUCUCGGCGCGAUGGAGGACAUGCCGGUGACGACCUACUCCCCUUCGGUGUCCAUUCUGCGGCGCAUCGAGCAGACGACCACCACGGUGCCGCUGACAACGAUAAUCUCCAGGAUGCCAACGACCGUUCCGUCAAGACGCACCGUAACGACGCAGGACUACGUCACAACGACGGAUUCGGCGGUCAGAGAAACUACCACCGGUUCGAGUUCGCCUAUUACCACCACAGUGCGGCCGGCCAAACCAUUCGACCAGGACUCGACGGACUCGACGGAGGUGAACCUGAACCAGUUGAACCGAACCGACGAGCGAAUGGUCACCGCCACGGCCAGUGUGACCGCAACGGCUCAACCGACCAUCUCCAGCGUUACGCUCACGAACAACGUAGAGCUGGAUGAUACGUCCGCCGCCGGAGAGAGCCUCCUGGGUCAGGUUGGUUUCACGACGGAACGUACGGACCUCAGCCAGCAGCUCACCACCGACGAAGUGGCGGAGGACGCUGGCAAGGUACCGAUCGUGGUGGAUGAGAAGCACGUCUAUGAUACGAUCACCACGACGACGAACGCACCAGCCCUCACCACCACCAGCACGACGACGACGACGACGACGACGGUUCCUUCAACGACUUCCGGAUCCUUGAGCGAGCGUUACACCACUCGCCGUACGAUCGAUCGCUCCAUGACCACGACCGAGCUGUCCGGAGAAGAGUCGGUCACGGAGGAAGAUUACAUUGAGCUGACGAACCCAUCGAACGGUGCGCCGAGCGAUGUGAAGAUCGGAACGGCGGGAGUCACCAGUGUGCCGAAGCAAGCCGCCGAUGGCGCUACGGAACAGUCCCAGGGUGAACCGGCCGCCGAGGAGGACAGCAGUGUGGUGGUCGCCGUGGUGGCCAGCAUCGUGAGCGUGAUCGUGGUGCUGCUCUUGAUUGCGGCCUUUAUGUACUAUCCACCGUUGCAGAUCGUGUUCCGCAAGCGCCAGAAUCAGGUUUCAUACGGCCAGCGGUGUCGCCCGGUGGGGCUGGACGCGUACAGCCUGGACAACGUGUCCGUGUACAACAGUGUGCGCCGGAAGGGUAAUGCGGCACGCAUGUCCAAACGAUCGUACGGUAACUCGGCGUUCGAGGAUCCGAACUUCAAAACGAACCCGCUGACGGUGGCCGAGCUGGCGAACAUCAUCCAGAACAAGACGGCCAUCUACGACGAGUUCAAGGAGAUCCCGAAUGUGACGGCCCGUGCCGACGAGGUCCCGGAAGGCUGUGAAGAUAAGAAUCGGUACGCUAACGUGGUUCCACUGCCGGAGACCCGCGUUAAUCUGAAGCGCCUCAGCGACGACGAGAAGACGGAGUACAUCAACGCCAACUUUGUGAAGGGUCCCAAGGAUGUGGCCAACUACUACAUUGCCUGCCAGGCGCCGAUGGAGAACACGAUCAACGACUUCUGGCGGAUGGUCUGGGAGCAGAACUCGAAAGUGAUCAUCAUGGCGACCGAUCUGAGUGAGAACGGGGUCGAGAAGUGUGCCGAAUAUUUGCCACCGUCGGUCGUGCUGGACAACAGCCGCACUUUUGGCGACUUCCAGUUAACGUUGAAAAAUCGGGAAAACAAGGAAAAGUACACCAUCUCGACGGUGCACAUGCGCCACACGCCGUCCAACAAUCUGCGAGAGAUUAUGCACUUCUGGUACCAGUGGCCGGACACUGGGGUGCCGAUCGAUGAGUCGUCCAUCAUCGGGAUGCUGCUGGAGGCUCGUACCUUCCUGAAGCUAUCGCCGUCGGAGCUGGCCGAGUUUGCUACGAUCAUGGAGGAGAACGAAUCGCCCGAAGCGGAGCCACAGUCGCCUCCGGUGGUCGCGAACGGAACCGAUAGCACGCACAACAAUAACAAUAAUAACAACAACGCGGCAAGCAACGGAACGCCGGCCAAGGAACCGGCCAGCACUGUGAGCAAUGGCGGCACCAUGGACAAGCACAAAUCGUUGCAGCGAACUCAGGGACCACUCACCGUCCACUGCUCACCGGGAACCGGACGCACCGGAACGUUGGUGGCGUGCGAUGUGGCGCUACGGCUGCUGGAGAUUCCACCGCGGACGGUGGACGUGCCUCAAAUUGUCUACUACGUGCGACGGGGACGUGCCAGCGCCGUUAGAACUCGGGAGCAGUACGAACUGAUCUAUAGGGUUGCCAACGUGUACGCGACAAAGUUGACGGGACCGACCAUAGAAACAUAGGAAAGACUCAUUUAAAAUCAAGUAUUGUGAGUAAGUUUGACACACACGCGUGCCCCGCACACACGGCCUAGGUGGAGUGUGAGUUUUGCCCCGGAGGACACGAUUUCGGUACCAAAUGGCAAACAAUCUGUUACCCUGUAGACUGUAUCUCAGCUGUUCAACUAGGCGGAACGUACGAACUCGAAAGACUUUUCCCUGUCCCCGGCCGGUGAGUCACGCGUGUGGUCUC